AUGAGCGGGGUCCUCCAUUUAUCUAUUCCUGCUGAUGUUCCUGGAGGGACCGUCUCGCAAGGGGGCGCCACAGAAGACGAAGAAUUCGGAGACGAUGGCGAGGAAGACUAUGAAGAUGAUUAUGCCGACGGGGAUGACUUGGAAGCCGAAGCUGAGGAGAUGGCUCGCAUAUUGAAAGAGCAGCUUCAGGCUGAUAUAGCCAAGGCUCAGCUCGAAGCUGCAGCGGCUCAUCAACCCAGGCCUACUCUGGAGAAGGACAAAGGGAACACGGAUAGUACCUCGACUGCCCGCAAGCGAAGGUACGAGGCCGCUCUAUCUACCAUGAAAGCUAUUAUGUCUAUCGCCUCAAAACGAGCUCUCGUCCACGAUUCACUCGCUGCCUUCCUGGUGCCCGCCGCAGAAAACGCGAAUAUUCUAACCAUUUUCCAGCGGUGCAUAUCAUCUGAAGCUGUGCCGAAGAAGCUCGCAAGACCUCUCAGUGAUGCUGUCGUUUUAUUGGCAAAGUCUGACAUACUUUUUGCAUCGCUCCGUAAUUCAGAUGCUCCUGCACUUCAACUUGAUAAGGGAAAGAGGAAGAGAGAUGCCGCAGAUGAGGUUGCCCAUGAUUACUCGGAUAGUCGCGGAUACAAACGGUUUGCGUACGAUUAUCCCGACCUGAGAUUCCUCAUCUCAGAAGCCGUUCGGGUCAUCACAAAUGCACUCGCCACUGUCCCCUCAGGGCCCGCAUCGCCGCACCUCGAUCCUGCCUUGAUCUCGUCUAUCCAUGUACAACUUCACCAGGUCUUUCUUUUCGCUGUCACCUCGGCACCGCGGGCAGGAGAGCGGAUGCCCGCCCUGCAAGAGCUCGCUGGCCUCAUACAGAUGCUCGGUGUGCUCAGCGGGAUUCCUAUUGGUUCGAACCCGUCAGCGCCCCUCUCUCACCCCCAUUCGCCAUGGGGCCACCCAUAUGGAGCGCCAUCCACGCCCGAUCUAGGUACUGCCGUAUAUCCUUGUCUCAUACCGACCUGCGCGAAAGUCUUCCACAGGCUGUACUCCCUCCGUGCUCAUCAGCGUUUGCACUCCUUUGUUGAGCGCCCAUAUCGCUGCACGCAGUGUCCUGCGUCUUUUGUGCGCAACCACGAUCUGAAGCGCCACACGAAGCUCCACGACAAGCAGGCGUGGCGGUGUAGUGGAUGUAGUAAGGUUUUCUCGCGACGCGACGCGAUCAAAAGGCAUAAAGACAGUCGAGGGCGAAUCGGAGGCAAGGGCAAGAACGGGGAGAUCGAGCUAGGGGAUAACGCCUGUGCAUAUGCCGAGAUCGAAGAGGUCGAGGUCGAGAAGCCUCAAGGAGACGAGGAAGCAAGUCGGAGGGCCAAGCUGUGGAACGACAUUACUACGAACCACAUGGGCAGCGCCCCACCAGGCCAUGUCAAUGCAUCUGGCGACGAGUUUCCGCCAGAGGAGGGGGAGGUUGAAUUUGGCGUUGUUGGCGAAGCGCAUUCUAUUGUUUUGCAGCUGCAUGGCUUGCUCCAAGUAUACGUUGCAAAGCUAUUGGGUACCACUUCCGCCUCUGAAGGCCAAGCCGGUGUCUCCGAUCCCAGCACGGCAACACUGGCUAGUAUCAUCGCACGGACUCAGUAUACUCAGCCACAGUCGCGUUCUGUGUCCGUGCAGCCGCAGACACCUUCUGUGUACCAAUCUGCUGAGGCAGCCCAGCCUCCGGACGUGUCUUCACCACAGCUGUCGCUAUCGUUGUCUUUAUCCGAAGAACAAACUAGACUCCUCGAGCAAGCAAUCGCACAGGCUGCGUUGGCGGCGCAAGCGCAAGCCGAAGCCGAAGCCGCAUUAGAAGAAGAGGCCGAAGCGUCCGAUGAGGAUGGUCAUGACUGA